GGUCCCCCAAGCCCCGCCGAGUCUUUCUCACCAGCCAAAACACCUCAAAGAGAUCGCCGUCUUUUCGCAGCCGCCGGUCCAGCCCUCUCCUCUCACCCAAACACCUUUUUCCCACGAGACACCCCGGAACAUCCGAGUUUAUGUCCAUCGAAAAUCUCAAGACCUUCGACCCCUUCGCCGAAGCCGACGACGACACCGGUGAUACCAAAAAGGUCGAGAAUCACAUCCACAUUCGUAUUCAACAGCGCAAUGGUCGCAAGUCUCUGACCACUGUCACUGGUCUUCCUGCUAAGUUCGACCCCGGCAAGAUUCUGACCUUCUUCAGGAAGGAAUUCGCUUGCAAUGGCAACAAGGUCAAUGACGAAAAGGCCGGCGAGGUGAUCCAGCUUCAGGGUGACCAACGCAAGAAGGUCAUGGAUUUCCUCGUUGACAAAAAGGCCGGUCUCGGUCUCAACCCCGAUAACAUCACCGUUCACGGUGCUUAAAUCGUCCUCUUGGCGCCGCCGUCCCCGCCACCCUUCCAGCGACUUGGCUUCACAGCAUGCUGGUGAUGAGUGUGUCGGAAUGAGGCUGUUCGAGCAGCCUGUGCAUACAUUUUGCGCGGGCUCGCUUGCUGCCACUACCUUCAUUAUCUAGCCGAUAUCGCCAUGUGCCCAAUUUGCUUCUGGGUCUCUAGUGAUCUCAUACGAUAAACCUCAACCCCCCCGGGCAUAAUCCACCGGUGUGCGGGUAGCAGUGUCUUUGGAAGGUCUGGUCGGUCGGAUGCAAUAGAGGAUAGGGUUGGAGUGAGAGCUUUUAUCAGCUUAUUGGCUUUAUUUAUGCACCCGGACCUGCUGUGCAGCAGCGCAGCAGCUUUACGAUUGAUCAAUAUCUUUUUUUUUUUUUU